UAUGGGGGUUUAUUUUGCUUUGGGCCACUUGAGCCGCCGCUGCCGCCGCCAUUAGACGAGCUCGAUCACAUCCUAGGGUGGCGGGCUCGUGGUCUUUUGCUUGUCCCCCCUCUACUCCUGCCGAAGUGGUAGCGCUCUCUCAACUAACUAGAUUUUUUUUCUCCCUUCAUCCGCACAGACCAGGAAGAAACCAUGUCCUGAGCUCAAGGAGGGGGGAGACGCAGGAGGCCGCAGCCAGCGGAGCGGUGUAAGGGUGGGUGGGAUGCGGGUGAGGGGAAUGGACGGCCGCCGGUGAGGGGACAGUCGCGAGAUCAGGAGGCGGCUCUACAAGGGAAGGCUGUGUACACAGUGCUGUCAGUCAUCCAUGGCAAAUUCUUACUGAAGAGGACAAAGCCUGAAAGAGCAUGAAGAUGAAAUAUAUUCUUCAGUAGGAAAAAACUUUCUGUUUGAAGCAAUUUACUUAAGGCGUGCAGGAUGACAGAACGUGGAAUAAAAUGGGCUUGUGAGUAUUGUACAUACGAAAACUGGCCUUCUGCAAUCAAGUGUACCAUGUGCCGUGCUCAGAGACCUAGUGGAACUAUUAUCACAGAAGAUCCCUUUAAGAGUGGUUCAAGUGAUGUUGGUAGAGACUGGGAUCCUGCAAGUAUUGAAGGAGGCAGCAGCCCUUUAAUAUGUCCUGAUUCCAGUGCUAGACCAAGAGUUAAAUCAUCCUACGGUAUGGAAAGUGCAAAUAAGUGGUCGUGCCAUAUGUGCACAUACUUGAACUGGCCUCGUGCAAUAAGAUGCACUCAGUGCUUGUCUCAGCGUAGGACCCGGAGUCCCACAGAAUCCCCCCAGUCUUCAGGGUCUGGUUCAAGACCAGCUCCUUUCCCUGUGGAUCCUUGUGAGGAAUACAAUGAUAGAAAUAAACUAAACAUGAGGACACAGCACUGGACUUGUUCUGUUUGUACAUAUGAAAAUUGGGCUAAAGCCAGAAAAUGUGUUGUGUGUGAUCAUCCUAGACCUAACAACAUUGAAGCAAUAGAAUUGGCCGAAACAGAAGAGGCUUCAUCAAUAAUCAAUGAGCAAGACAGAACUCGAUGGAGGGGAAGUUGUAGUAGCGGUAAUAGCCAAAGAAGAUCCCCUCCUACAACCAAACGGGAAUCUGAAGUGAAAAUGGACUUUCAGAGAAUUGAACUGGCUGGAGCUGUUGGCUGCAAAGAAGAACUUGAAGUUGACUUCAAAAAACUAAAACAAAUAAAAAACAGAAUGAAGAAGACUGACUGGCUGUUUCUCAAUGCUUGUGUUGGUGUUGUAGAAGGUGACUUGGCAGCUAUUGAAGCAUACAAGUCAUCUGGAGGAGAUAUUGCACGGCAGCUUAGCGCAGAUGAAGUACGUUUGCUAAAUCGUCCUUCUGCUUUUGAUGUGGGAUAUACGCUUGUUCAUCUUGCUAUACGUUUUCAGAGACAAGACAUGUUAGCAAUUCUGCUUACAGAGGUAUCCCAACAUGCAGCUAAGUGCAUUCCAGCCAUGGUGUGCCCGGAGCUUACUGAACAAAUCCGCCGUGAAAUUGCUGCCUCUCUUCAUCAACGAAAGGGAGAUUUUGCUUGCUAUUUUCUAACUGACCUUGUAACAUUUACAUUACCUGCAGAUAUUGAAGACUUGCCACCAACAGUCCAAGAGAAACUAUUUGAUGAAGUACUUGAUAGGGAUGUUCAGAAAGAACUAGAAGAGGAAUCUCCAAUUAUAAACUGGUCACUGGAAUUGGGUACGCGCUUGGACAGUAGACUUUAUGCACUUUGGAAUCGAACUGCAGGGGACUGUUUGCUUGAUUCAGUACUACAAGCUACUUGGGGCAUUUAUGACAAAGACUCGGUGCUACGUAAAGCCCUUCAUGACAGUUUACAUGACUGUUCUCAUUGGUUCUAUACUCGAUGGAAAGAAUGGGAGUCAUGGUACUCCCAGAGCUUUGGUUUACACUUCUCGCUGCGAGAGGAACAAUGGCAGGAAGACUGGGCAUUUAUUCUGUCUCUUGCAAGUCAGCCUGGAGCGAGUUUGGAACAGACACACAUUUUUGUACUUGCACAUAUUCUUAGAAGACCAAUAAUAGUUUAUGGAGUAAAAUAUUACAAGAGUUUCCGGGGAGAAACUUUAGGAUAUACCCGUUUUCAAGGUGUAUAUUUGCCUUUGUUAUGGGAACAGAGUUUUUGUUGGAAAAGCCCUAUUGCUCUGGGCUACACACGGGGCCACUUCUCUGCUUUGGUUGCCAUGGAGAAUGAUGGCUAUGGCAAUCGAGGUGCUGGUGCUAACUUGAACACUGAUGAUGAUGUUACUAUUACUUUUUUACCAUUGGUUGACAGUGAAAGGAAGCUGCUGCACAUUCACUUCCUGUCUGCUCAAGAGAUCGGUAAUGAGGAACAACAAGAGAAGCUACUCAGGGAGUGGCUGGACUGUUGUGUGACAGAAGGUCGAGUCCUAGUUGCUAUGCAGAAAAGCUCUCGCCGGCGCAACCAUCCUCUGGUAACACAGAUGGUAGAGAAGUGGCUAGAUCGCUAUAGACAAAUCCGCCCCUGCACGUCCCUUUCAGAUGGUGAGGAAGAUGAAGAUGAUGAUGAUGAAUGAGAAAAAUGGAGAUGCCUGAAUGAGCAUAUUGUGUGGUGGCACCCCAGAGUCUGGGGCAUGCUCUAGUAGUUUCUUACAUAAUGACCCACUUGUAGCAGGAAGCAUCCUGAAUAGGAUUUUUAAUCAGCAUGGGGAGAAUCCAGAAACUCACCUGAUAUGUGAAGAUGGCUACGUUGGUUGGACAACCAUUUGUUUAAAAAAAAUCCUAAUUUUAUUACCUAGACAGAAAGCAUUUUUCUUUCCAGUUGUACAUCUGUCUAUAAAUGUACCGCAUGUGGUCAUGUAAGAAAGUUGUGUAAUAGGAAAAAGUAUUACCAGCAUCUUAAAAUUACUGAAGAAUUUUUUUUGAACAAGGGCACUUAAAAAGCACAUAAUAUAGAUGGGCAUCUGUUCCUUUUAAGACUUACAGUAAACUUGGUUAUUUUGCACCGCAUUUUAAGCAGUCUGACACACUUCCUUGAAAGACCACUUUAUAUAUGAAAUCUUACUGUUGCCCAGCUUAGAUCAUGUGGCUUUUUUUUGUUGAUGCCAUAUAUCCAGAGUAAGUCAGAUGUAUGAAUAAGUUCAUUAUUUUAUUGAAGUUUGAGUUACUGUUGUGCCCAUUAUAAUAAAAUGAAAUAUUAAAGGGAAAAAAACACCUCUGGAAGGGAUGAUAAAUUUUGAUUGAGUGAACCUUUUAUUUUCUGUAAAGGUUUCUCUUGCUGUCUAUUAAUGCUUUGUAUCAUUUCUUUUGAGAUAGUUUGUUUUCCUUCCAGCCUGCUAGUCAAAGAAGUUUCUCUAUUCAAGAGAGCUAUAUGGUAAACAAUUGUGUGAAAUUUGCUACAUCAGAAUUGAACUGAGAAUUGCAUUUUGUCCAAACCCGAUUUUGCUGUGACUUGUACAAUAGAAAUUACUAUUUUAUGAAGCCUCCCCCUCACUCCCUGCAAGUUAAAAUCGUCUCCAUUGAGGAACACUCCUUGGUCAUUAAAAUCAAGUGAGAAAGCACUUUGGCAGUUUUCCUUAAAAGCCUUCAUUCUAAAAUUGUUUUAAAGUACUGUAUGUUAUCUUUUCUUGGUAUGUAAACGAUGGCAAUUUUUUUUUUUUGCAUGUUGAUUGAUUCUGGCCAUGUUGGAAGAUGUACGUUUCCUAAAAGUACAAGUUCAGAGUAUAUUCUCCAGUAGAAAAAUCUUCUAUUAUACUUGAUAACUUUAGCCAUGCUAUCUUGAAAGGAUAUAGUCUAUUUAGAUCCUCACUUUAAAAACACUAAAGGCAAAUAGUUUUGUAUGUAAAAAGCAGAUCUUGAUAAGCACUUUUUGAAGAUAUAAUGAUGGUGAAAAUGAUGACGGGGGAACUUUUUGCAGCAGAUUUUCCUCGUUUAAUAAGAAUCUGGAAAGAAGCCCUACAUAAUAUUUUUACAUAGUUCUUUAAAAAAAAAGAUGGCUCCAGGAACCAUUCAGAAUGUAAUGCUUUUAAAUAAUUGUGGCUCAGAUGGUGUUGAAAAUCUUCACAAGUAAUCUUGGCAACAAACCUACAUUAAAAUUUCUUCAACUGAUGACACUAAAGAAAUUAAUAUUGCUCACCUCUGACACAGAAAUGUGAAAUGUGUAUUUCUUUCGGUUUGCAGUUCUCUCUGAUAAGACAUAUUUCCUAAACGAUGGAAUUUCUCUUCUAAAGCAUGUUCUGCUUUAAAGGUACAAUUCUAAGGGGUUUUUUUUUCAAAUACAAUCAAGGUAAGUUAAUACCUUGUUUUUAGGCUUAAUUCCAACCUUCAAUAAAAUGUCCGUAUUUCUGGACAAGUGGAAUAAGUUAGACAGUUCGUCAUUACUUGAAAUGAUGUUGUUAUACCCAACUUCUUAGUUGCUGUGCUGUGUUAAGCACUGGUAGCUUUUCUUAGGGAGCUGCAGCGGUCUUAAAUGUACCUUUAUUGGCAGUUAUUGAUUCCCAUAUUUGAAAAUAAGUCUCUAGCCACCUUUCUGUCAUUGCAGUUACAGAGUGUGAUGUUUCUGCAGACCUCCCUCCUGGUUGAGAGCAUUUGGCUGCUGGCUAUUGAUGGGAAUAAAAUUAAAACUCUGAUUUUUUUUCUUUUACUGGCUCAUAUCUCGAGAUGCUAUACAGCUACACAGGUACUAACAAGCCAAGUAACUUCUUGUUGUCUCUACACAUCCCUAUGGUAAUCAGGGGAGACUAGUAGUUUUAUGGGCUGCAACACCAGUAGCUGUUACUCAACUGUUAUUCUCCUGCAAGCAGUGUCUGCAUCUUGAUCAUUGAUUGUCCCCUUACCUGGUACAAUCACACACACCCCACACCCCCGCCAGAUUUUGGGCUUUCUCUUUCUCUAAGCAUUUUUCAAAUCUGCAACUGAUUUUGUUCCACUAUCUCUUCAAAAUGAAAGGGCAAAUCGCAGAAGUCUGUGAGUUUUCUAUAGUAUUGUUUGUGGUGUUACAUUAGAACACAUUAAAAAAUAUUUCAUAUUGUGGUUGCUUUUUUGAGCUGCAUUAGAUAUCAUUUCCUGCCCUGCUUGAAGUACCUGUAUGAAUAUAUUUCCCCCCACACGUUCUUUUGUUGCCUGUUUUGGCUUCAGAGCCUGCUGCUCCUCUUCUUUUUAAAAAAAACUCCCACUAAGUCAGUGCUAAUAGUAAGUCGGUGCUAAUGAAGAGUAAUGGUGGAUAGCAUGAAAUGCCUUCUGUUCUUCACUCCCACCUUUUUCGGUCCUAAUAUUUUAGUAUUUGUCACAGCACAGCAGAACCGUUUUCAAAAUUACCUGUGUUCCAUAAACUCUUUUAUUUAGCGGCUUGCCCUAUUUAUCAUACUAAGAUGGCUUCCAAUACCGCCACAAUUAAAAUUGCUAGCACCUGGAAGCAACUGGAAGUUUACUUCCCAUCAAGCAAGUUUUUGUGCCAGAGGUUUCUAGCAUUAUCUCCUGGUUGUAGAAGAGCCUGCCACAAGUUGGACUGUUCUCUUAAGUAUCCAUUGUUACCAAUAUUUACACCACCACUCUGGAAUGCCAGUGCUUUAUUUAAAAGCAAAGUUCCAAAAAAAGCUGCUUCUAAAAAAAUCACUAAUGUCAGUGUAAAUGUUUUGUUAUUUCACUUUCAUUUGUGUGGCUUCCUCAGUGUUCUCUGUAACAUCCAUGUUUCUUCUCCUGAUUGCUCUAUGCUGGUGUCUAUGGUAAGUUAUUCAUAUUUGCAGUGUUAGAUAAUUGCCACAGCUAUGAAGUUCAUUCCCUUGAACAUGUUCAAAGCUGGUAAUGUGCUUUUCCAUUAACUUAAAACAAAACAAAUACAAGUUUUGUAACAAUG